CGCAUGCGUAGUAGCUGCAGGAACCUGGAAAUAAAGUGUUUUUAGCGCAGUUUAAGGUUAAGAAACAAAUUUUAUGGUGCAGUUGAUGUCAGGUUUAAUUAUUGUAGUGAAAUAUGUUGUUUUAUCACAAUCUUAUGGAGUGAUUUUACAGAUGUUACUCUAUUCCCAUUUAGGUAGAUAGGACUUAGUCUUAUAUGACUGAAGUGACUUGUGGUGCCGAGUGGAUAGACUUUCUGUAAACGCUGGUCAACGUCCAACGAAGUGCUGUUUUUAUGCCAUAAAUUUAAUUAUCCGGGUCUAGAAGAAGGAAAGCGACGGUCGCUGACAUGGCUCUCGAAGUUUUCCGCAAAGAUGAGACUCUGGAAAUGCGCAGAAAGUUGAUUGGGGAGUCCUGCAGACUGUUUUUCUCUCACGAUCCCGUAAAAAUUGUACGAGCACGGGGUCAGUAUUUAUAUGAUGAACGAGGCAUGCAGUACCUGGACUGCAUUAGUAAUGUCCAACAUGUGGGACACUGUCAUCCUAGCAUCACUGAGGCUGCUGCUGCUCAAAUGGAUCUUCUUAAUUCAAACACUAGAUUUCUCCAUGAUAACAUAGUGCUAUAUGCACAACGACUGGCAGCCACUCUGCCAAAAAAGCUUAGUGUCUUUUAUUUUGUCAACUCAGGUUCAGAGGCAAAUGAUCUUGCCAUGCGACUUGCCCGCCAGUAUACCCAACAUCAGGACGUCAUAGUGCUGGAUCAUGCAUAUCAUGGACAUCUCACCUCACUCAUUGACAUCAGUCCAUACAAGUUUAGAAAGUUGGAGGGACAAAAAGAGUUUGUUCAUGUGGCACCUCUUCCUGAUACUUACCAAGGUAUGUACCGGGAGGACCAUCCCAACCCAGGAGAGGCUUAUGCAGACUCAUUGAAAAGUCUUAUUGAAGAGGUGCAUAAGAAAGGCCGGAAGAUUUCGGCUUUUUUUGCUGAGUCUUUACCUAGUGUUGGUGGCCAGAUAAUUUUUCCAGAUGGUUAUUGUAAAAGAGUAGCAGAAUAUGUUCAUGAGGCGGGGGGAGUUUACGUUGCAGAUGAGAUUCAGACAGGCUUUGGUCGUGUUGGGAGUCAUUUCUGGGCUUUUCAGCUUCAAGACUUUUGCCCUGACAUUGUCACUAUGGGCAAACCAAUGGGCAAUGGUCAUCCAGUUGCUUGUGUGGCCACUACAGAGGAGAUAGCUCGUGCCUUCACAGACAAUGGUGUGGAGUACUUCAACACAUUUGGUGGUAACCCAGUGUCCUGUGCCAUCGGUUUGGCAGUUUUAGAUGUAAUAGAAAAAGAGGACCUGAGAGGAAAUGCACUACGUGUUGGAGGUCACUUGAAACAUCUGCUUAGUCAACUUCAAACUAAACAUUCAAUCAUCGGAGAUGUGCGUGGAGUAGGACUGUUUAUUGGUAUGGAACUAGUUAAAGACAGAUGUUCCCGAAAACCAGCAACAGAAGAAGCGGCACAGCUUGUUAGAAGGCUCAAAGAGGAGUGUAUAGUUAUGAGCACUGAUGGACCAUGGGACAGUGUCAUCAAAUUCAAACCUCCCAUGUGCUUCAGUAUAGAGGAUGCAGAGAGAGUCGCUAUGUGCAUUGACCAAAUUCUCAAAGAACUGGAGAAUACCACCAAAGAAGAAAAAGUUGAGGUUUAAAGUGGUUUAAAAAAAAUUCACUUUCAUAUAUAAGAUCUAAUUAUACAUGAAUUAAAAUAAAUCAUCUUUUAUGAUA